ACCUGUGACACCAAACCCCGGCCCGUCGCAAAUCCGAGUUGGAGAGGGCGAGCCGCAGCGCCCAAGAGGACGGAUGGGUCGUUAGGGCUACAGAACCCAAGCAAUGGCGCUCGCGAAGGCUAAGGAGAUCGUUUCCUCCGCCCCCGUCGUCGUCUUCAGCAAGACAAACUGUGGACACUCCAAGUGGGUAAAGGAGUUGCUCACACAAUUAGGAGUGUUUUUUAAAGUGAUUGAGUUGGAUCUCGAAAGUGAUGGAUCUGAUGUACAAUCUGCACUAACAGAAUGGACUACUCAAAGGAAAUUGCCAAUUGUAUUCAUUGGUGGAAAUCAUAUUGGUGGUGAUGAAAGUACAAGAAACUUUUUCACAAGGAUGUUACAGGCCCUUGAAGAUGCUUCAAUAGUGAGCGUUGGUCAGAACCUUGAUAUUAUUAAGAAGUUUGAGCUGUCUUUGCCUCCUGCUGCCGAUAAUGGACAACUGAGAACUCAAAUGCCUAGUGAGAUAAAUCAUUCAAUGUCUUCUAAACCACUUAUUGAUUCUGAAGACCGAGAAGUUAGUGAUGAUGAUGAUGAUCGCAACCAUAAACAUCGUAGGAGGGAGGCACAUCCUAAUAUGUCUGAUAAUGAUGUUCAAGAACUAUCUAUGCGGCAGACUAAUAGAAAAAGAAACAAGCCUUUUGAGAGUAGGAAAAUGUUCCAUGACAAUAUUAACAACAUCAAUAUGGAGAGAGAUGCUUCCUCAAAGUUUGAGAAGCGACGACCUAUCUUCACACCAGGAAUGCGGGUUUCCUCUGAUUUGAGUUCACGGGCUAGGACAAAUCAAACAUACACUGGUCCCUGCUUUGAUAAAUCCACAUCUACAGGACGCCCUCCAGUAGGAAGAGGAAGAGGGAGGAGUACUAUUUCCCGGAGCCUACAAGAUUCCAGAUUUAACCCCUUUGACACACAUGAUUUUGCAUCACAGGUUGUUUCACAAGGACUGCCUACGCACCCUAGCCUUUUUGUUGGUACAGGUAUACCCGCUGCUGCAAGUUCACAAAAUGCAUGUUGGGGUACAUAUGGGUUUGUUCCUGGGAUGAACAGUAGAAUUUUGGAUCCACUCCAACCACUUGGUCUGCAAGGGGCUCUUCAGUCCACAAUCACACCAUUAUUCAAUAUGGGCAUGCCUCGUCUGCGUUGCAGAGACUUUGAUGAACAGGGAUUUUGCCUGAGAGGGGAUAUGUGUCCAAUGGAGCAUGGUGUAAAUCGGAUUGUUGUUGAAGAUGUGCAGAGUCUUUCUCAGUUCAAUCUUCCUGUCUCGGAUCCAAAUUCACAUGCUCUGGGAAUUCAAGCUGGGCCAGGAUCAUUGCCUUCUGUUAGGGCACCUUCAGGCCUCGUCACAGGCGGCAACUUGAUACCUGCAAAAGAUGCGAAAACCAUCUUGUCUGAUGAUCCAUUAAAGCUGAGUGGAGUUUCGUCUGCUUGUGGUGCAGCUGAAGCAGAUGUAUAUGAUCCUGAUCAGCCUUUAUGGAACAACGAGUGUCCAGAAACGUCUGGCACAGGCUUUCCUUUACUGAGCAAUGAUGAACCUUUAUGGAAUGCAGACUCUUCUUCUCAGCAGAGUCUCACAUUAUCUAAUGGCUUUAAAAGUGAUCAGGCAAGCAGAGUCUUCAUGGAAAAUAUUGGUUCACAGAGUACUAAUUCAUCUAUUUGGGGCCGGAUUGGCCGUGGUAGUAGGUCAGAGAUGGGUAUAAAGACUAGUAGCAAUGCGGCUUCUAUAAGUCAUCUGUCGGAUGCAACGAAAGAAGAUAACGAGAAAUCUAUGGUUAAUACUUCUGUCAUUCCAGAAAAACGUAUUCCUGCUGAGGACAUGGGUUACAAAACAACAGAGUUGCAGCCUCUUUCAAGAUUGCAUGUGGACUCUGGUCGUAACAGUGGUAGAAUGUCUCAAAAAGCUUCACGGACUCUCUAUGUACAUGGUAUUCCUCAAAAGAACAACACAAGGGAGGCUCUUCUUUCACACUUCCAGAAGUUUGGUGAGGUUGUUGAUAUCUAUAUUCCACUGAAUAGUGAAAAAGCUUUUGUUCAAUUUUCUAAAAGGGAAGAGGCUGAAGCUGCCCUUGAAGCACCUGAUGCUGUAAUGGGUAACCGUUUUAUAAAACUAUGGUGGGCCAACCGUGAUAGAGUUUAUGAUGUUCGAAAAAAUAAUGUUUGCACUAAGUUGCCUCCAUCAUCUUCCAAGGGGGGGUCUUCUUUUCCAUCUUGUCCAUCUGGACAUGACAAAGAGAAAGAUGAUCUGAACUCUCCAGUUCCAACUGGAAGAAAAACACCUGCUUCUGAACUGUUGGUGGCAGUCCCAGGUCUGAAAAUUUCCUCUCCUCAUUCUCUAAAAAUAGCUUCUCCAGUGCCAAAGAAACUAGAGGGAUUGGAGCUCUUGAAAGAGGAACUUCGCAAAAAGCAGGAAAUUUUAGCCCAAAAGCGCGAUGAAUUCCGUCGCCAAUUAGACAAAUUUGAGAAACAAGCUAUUACAGUUAAGAAGGGUGAAGUAGCCUCUGGACAAACAUCUAAAAAGCUUAAAGUGGAUAUUGGCAAUGAAGCAGCAAAAGCUGGAACACCCAGAGCACCAAUUACUCCUGCAGGCGGACGACAAGAAGUUGAGAAUACAGGACAAACUAGAAAGUCCAAGGAGGUUCUUGUUUCACCUACUACCAUAGCAAAUGCAGCAAAUUUUCAGAAUUCCAACACAGAAGAGACAAGUCAUCUGACUAAUCCAGAUAAUCAGUCCACUUCAUUUAGAGUUCUUCCUCCUCUGCCAGCUGAUUUCACAGAUGUUGCUGCUCUGCAGGAUCAUUUCUCAGUAUUUGGUGAUCUUGCUUCAGUAGUACUAGAAGAGCCAGAAGAAAGAAGUGAGAAUGAUACAGUGAAGACACCUGAAAAUUGUUGUGCUCGUGUAACUUUUAUCUCAUGUGAUAAUGCAAAGAGAGCUUAUGUUGGUGGUAAAUGUUGGCAAGGGCAUAAUCUGCACCUUAUGUGGCUGAGUGACUCUGGUAACUCUAACAGAGCUUGUGGCAGUCAAGAAAUUAUGGGAUUCCUGGGUGGUUCAAGUGCUUACAUCCGAGAUGACCCAAUGACAUCUGUAAUAUCGUCACCAGUUGAAGAAAGUUCAGCAGAUGUUGCUAUUUCUGGGGUAACUGCUGUUAUGGACGUCUCAUCUUCUAGGGGCUUGGAGGAUGUACAUUGUGAUGACAAUGGUGUGCUCAUGGUUCCCAUAAGGACAUCCCAUCUUAAUCCCAAUACAUUGUCAUGCGAGGAUCACCCUGGGCUUGAUGUUCCAGUUGUCAAAGACAAAAUGGGUGUUGAUCUUGCACAGUGAGGUCGUCCUCUGUAUUAUCUUUUGUUUUCAUUGAGGCUUCCGCAUACAAAAUUGCCCCAUGCACCCUGCAUGUCUGGCACCAAACUUAUGUUUUUUCAUCGACAAUAGAGAAGAAUAUUUGGAUCAAAGGAGCACAUUUUGUUAGUUGUGGGAGCAGGUUUAACUAUGGAAUUCCUUUAUGAGGAAAAGCCAAAUUAAGGCAAAUUUGAGCUGGUGGCACCUGUAUUGCUUUCCUCUGUAUCUUUUGCAAAUCUGAUUUUCUUUUGAUUACUUUUGAGUAGCAGCAAAUGUGAUUAAUAUUAAUACAAAUGUUACUUUGUUCUUGAUUACACUUACCAUAGAACAUUGUAGCUGUAUCAGGAUGGCUAGAGAGCUGACGUGCAGUUUAUCUUUACUAGUAAUAAGUUUAUCUUUGAUAUCAUCAAUUACCUUAUUUUCUUUUCA